GAAGUGCUCAAAAUCCAAGCAGACCUUGUGCGACGUCCUCACGUGGCGUAAGUUAUUCUGUUAGUUCAUAGUUUAAAACAAUAGUGAAUUGGGUGCCGCGCAAAAAGAGCACUAGGAUAUCGACUGAACUCCUCGACCCUAGAAGCUCGCGCGUCUUAUCGGGAGCCGCCGCGCAGUGCAGUGAGCAGUUUAGCAAUCAUGGCGAAUCCUAGGAAGUUUAGUGAAAAAAUAGCUCUCCAUAAUCAUCGGCAGGCCGAGGAGACGGCAGCUUUCGAGAAGAUUAUGAAAGAAGUCAAUGAAGUAACGACCCAGGAUGAAAUACCACUCGCCAACAGGGCGCCUGCAUAUCGAGUGGACAGUAGGAGUAGACCCCGAUCGCAGGGUGGUCCCAUUCGAAGGCCCCACGACCGGAGGCUGGACACGUCGCCUUAUUCUAGUGGAACAUAUUUAAGUCCUCCGACGGAUACAGGUUGGAGACGGACAAAUAGUGAUUCAGCUUUACACCAAACUACAAUGCAGGGUAUGGUUGAUAGAAAUAAUGACGGCUCCAACAGAGGCUGGAAUAUACCCAUAAUGAAUGGUCCAGAUAGGCACCUUGAUGGACGACCGAAAUCAAGUUGUGACAUACCUUCUCGAGUACCUGGCAUCAGCAUACACACCUCAAUACACGACUCUAGUAUGAUACAAAUACCUAUCGGUAAUAAUACAGGUUCUCUACCCGACUUGACAAAUGUCGAUUUUUCAUCUCCAAUACACGCACCUCUCGAUCAAGAUCACGAUAGUUCUCCCUAUAGUUCUAGUCCUGUAAAUACCAGUCCAUCUACGUUAUCUCCCACAAGUAUACCCCAAGGGGUGCGACCAUCGGGUCGAUUUCAAUUCACGCCAGUUUCUCAUGCACAUUCGAAUCAUUUAUCAGUUCCACAUAGGUACCAACAUCAACACCUUAGGAAGAAUAUCCCAUUAGAUAAAAAUGUAGUUAACUUAGUGGAUGGUACCGAAUUCACGCAAUUGCAAGGGAUGACGGGCAUGUAUCAACAACAGUGUCCUCCUACCUCGCCUUCACCUACAUUACAGCAAACAGCUGGCUACAGAAGUCCAAGACCGAGCCCACAGUCGUCCCCGAGCCCCGGCGAUUGUCAUUCUGCGCCUUGCAGUCCUGGGGCUCCGAGUCCGUUGCCCAACAACUACAACAUAUUCAACCAGCACCAGGUUAACUUUCAGCAGCAUUUCGAGCAGUUGUCCAUGAUGGACAAUCCACCUAAUACGAUGUACGCAGACCAGUCGCCAAAUGCACAGCAAAUGACACAAUCUCAUCCACCCCCUACGCUGCCAGAGGUAAGUUCCAUGGGAAACAUGGAAAUGACCCCGGAUGCGGGCUACUACAGCACCUCACCUUCGCAACAAAUGUAUCCCUCGACUUCGCCAGGAUUGCACACAACUCAGAACUCCACGGGAUUACCUGAAAUCAUACUGACAGAUUUUUCAGUAGACGGAGAUGUUUCGAGACAGGACAGUCUUAGGCAGUUAGAAUCCGAAUUUUUUUCUGAUGAAACCUUGAGGGAAGGAUUGGGUCAGUUGGACUUUGACGAAUUCCAGAUAUUGUCAAAUCCGAAUAUUGGUAUAUCAGAAAUUGUCGAAGACCGUCUUAGAUUAGACCAUCGUUCAUAAUAAUGUGUGUUUGUUCCAGGAAUUCACUGCCGAUAAAUAGAAAUCUGUUCGUAUAAGGCGAUAUAAGUUAAAAGCAUUUUUUAACGUUUUUGAACAAUUUCAAGAUGUCUUUUCUGAAAUACUAAGUGUGAUUGUUAGAAUUAGUGACUUAACAGUGUGGCCAACAAAAAGAUAUACGUGGUGCGAAAAAUCCAGCUUUGUUGUUGCAAAUUGCAAAAUCUUGAUUCACUUUGGUGGUUUCGUUAAUUUUUCCGCCCUGGACGCAAAUUCUUUAAAUAAAGUUUCUAGAAAGCCUGGAAAUGUUAUUUAUAUGGACAUCUAUAUUUUACACUAAAAAAUGAAUUAUUAGUAGUAGGGAGUCGCUAGAUAUUCAACUUAAAAUUUGCAAUGACAACAGCUCCGAAACAUACAAGAAGAACAAUUAUAAUAUCAAAGACUGAUAGGCAGUCCCAAAUAACUGCUAGGUAUAUUAACGAAUUUUGGAAAUUUAUAAGUUUAAUAAACAUAAAAAAAAGAUUUGUUAAAUUAAAUUUUUCAUAAUGUGAAC